GGAGCUUUUGGUAGUGUAGUUUAGAAUAUGAAGUUCUAUUGAAACUUGUGUGUUCAGUUUUUUAAGAAUUAUUAUUUGGUCCCAAAAAUAAUAUAGUAUAUGAAGCGUAAACGUUUCAUAGCAGGCUAACGUGUAAGUGUCAUUAGCAAGCUAGCCAACUAGCUAAGUUGCUUGAAAACUAAUCACACAAGUUCAAAUGGGAGCUACUUAGCUCGUAGCGCUAGCUAAAAUAUAGCAGCUAGGGGUAGGGUUUUCCAGCAGCUAUUUAUGCUUGCAUUGCUCUAUGUAUAGCUCGCUAGGUAAUUAAGGUAGCGAACUAUAAGCAUUAACUGGCGAUUCACCAACAGAGUGGAUCAGUUACAGUCAUCCACAAGAUGGAUAACAGCGGUAAGCCGUCAACAGCACAAGUUCUGCUCCUGGCAACAAGUUCAGCUUUAACUGCAGUUUUUUAUUCAAUAUACCGGAGAAAGUCAGCCACUGCUACCAGGUUAAAGGAAGCCCAAAAAAUCUCCAUUGAUCAGGAUCUUAAAAAUGUACUGAAGGAAUCACCAGGACACUGUAUCCCAUAUGCAGUCAUUGAAGGGGUUGUGAAAUCCGUGAAAGAUUCACUGAAUAGUCAGUUUGUGGACAACUGCAAAGGAGUCAUAGAAAGACUCACUCUUCGGGAACAGAAGAUGGUGUGGAAUCGCACUACUCAUAUCUGGAACGACUGUGAGAAAGUGAUCCAUCAGCGCACCAACGCGGUGCCGUUCGACCUGGCCUCGCACGACGAGGGCGUCUCCUCCACCGUGCGGGUCAUCCGGCCCCUGGAGUCCGUAGAGCUGGACCUGGAGACCACGUACGAGAACUUCCACCCCGUGGCCCAGUCCCUGACCGACGUCAUCGGCCACUUCAUCAGCGGGGAGCGGCCCAAGGGGGUGAAGGAGACGGAGGAGAUGCUGAGGCUGGGCGCCAGCGUGACCGGGGUGGGGGAGCUGGUGCUGGACCACAGCCUGGUGCGCCUCCAGCCGCCCAAGCAGGGCCUGCAGUACUUCCUGAGCCUGCUGGACUACGACUCCCUGCUGAGGAAGCAGCAGGCCCGCGUGCGGCUGUGGAGGGUGCUGACCGCCGUCUUCGGCAUCGCCACCUGCCUCCUCCUGUUCCUGGUGCUGCGGCGACGCUACGCGCACUACCGGGAGCGGCGCAGGCUCCGCGGCCUGCAGGACGCCUUCCUCCAGACGCAGCGGGAGCGCCUGCGCGACAUGGACCUGGAGGAGGACGCCCUGUCGCCCAGCGCCUGCGUCAUCUGCCUGGGCCGCCAGCGCUCCUGCGUCUUCCUGGAGUGCGGACACGUCUGCUCCUGCUCCGAGUGCCACCGCGCCCUGCCCGAGCCCAAAAAAUGCCCCCUCUGCAGGGGCCACAUCCAGCGCGUCGUCCCGCUCUACAACAGCUAGCGCUCAGCGGCGGGAACAGGGCUGCGCUCUCUCACCUCGCUUAAUGGGAGGACGUUAAGUGUCACAUGAACUUCCUGGGAAGACGUUAAUCUGUGAAUGGUAGGGGUAUAAUGUGUGCGGUUUGGGGGAGGGGCGUUUGCAAUGAAUUUGAUUAAAUGAUUCCUGUUGAAAUCCUGGCAUUCAAAUCAUGGAGGCCUGUUUAUGUUCUGUUGGAAAGGUUCCUGAAAUAAAUUUACCAAAACAAAAGGC